AUGUCACAGGGUAGCGAUGGUGGAGCAAAAUCCCAUGAGACCUUCUCAGAAGAGUAUUAUUAUGGUGAUGACUCUCACCAUCCGCUCUUUAUUUACUCCAUGUGGAGAUAUUUUCCAGACGCUGAGGAACUGGCUGAGGAUUAUGGAGGGCUAGUUGGUCUCAGAUGUGUGGGCACCUGGUCAGGUGACUCAAGAAAUAGAGUGUUAAUGUCAGAUAACGUUCUCCGGCCUCAUUGGCGGAUCUCUUUAGUCCACCCUCUCUGGCACAACAGUAAGAGACGCUUUCCAGAUGUGCAGAGACAUACUCUGAGAGAGAACAUACGCAGCUCCGAGCUGGGAGCUAAGACAGACACUGCAGACACAGGUGACACAUCAAGAGACAGCUGUGAUACGAGGAUCAUAGAGAGACAACCAGGAAAGAUGAAACCUGACCAGAGGAGACAUCCUGGAAUGACAAGUCCCGGUGGCAGUUGUACUAUGAUCUGCUACGAAGAGAAACGCAAACUGGAGAAAGGUGAGAGAUUGUACCAUGCACGGGACCGCUCCGACAUAAAGACCCUCCACAGGGACAAGGCAGAGUCCAUUCUCACAAAGACAUAUGCCCAGACCUACCUCUGGAAGUAUGGCUGGAUCGAGCCGGUCCGCUGGGACUCUUUGCCAUUUAGAGGGGUUCCAUCAACAUCAGAAGAGAAUGUAGCCACGGCAGACAUCUCCAGCCUCCUAAGUGAAGGUAAAUCUUCUUCCAAUGAACCAGACAUCAUUGAGCGUCUAGAGACAACACUAAACCCAAGAUUUAUCGGAGCCCUGAAAAGAUUUCAGGAGGCCAACAGGCUGAAAGUGACUGGAGAGCUGGAUGAUGCCACACGAGAGGCCAUGAAUGCUCCACGUUGUGGAGUCCCUGACCGUAAGGUCCCAGAGUUGGAGAAAACUGAUGAUAUAAACCCAACUGAGAGUAUCACCUCAGUGCUUGAUGUUAGCCAGGAUCCUGACUAUUCACAAGCUGUCACCACUGCCCCUCACCCCAUGUCUGCCAGUGAGAAGAUCUGGAGCGAACUGAUGCAGAAUAAAAAGAGAGUCCGACAACAACUGUCUGAUAACCAGGAGUCGGGACGCCACGUCAGGAAAAAACGAAGUGAACUCUUAAAGGCUGGAGCUAAGAAAGGGGCCUUCUCCAAGCCUAAAAUUAAAUGGAGGCUCCUGGGUGAGGGGUACAGUGUGUGGCUCAGCAUUGAGCAGCAGCGGUCUAUAAUAAUACGCGCCUUCCGGAUCUGGAGUGAGGUGGUACCCCUCAACUUUGAAGAGGAUGUGACAUCUCCAGCCCACCUCAUUGACAUCAAGCUGGGCUUUGGUACCCGUCGGCACUUGGGCUGCUCUCAGCUCUUUGAUGGCAUGGGUAGGGAGUUUGCUCAUGCCUGGCGCCUUGGAGACAUCCAUUUUGACGAUGAUGAACAUUUUGUGCCUCCUAAUAGUGAUCAGGGGAUCAGUCUUCUGAAGGUUGCUGUACAUGAGAUUGGACAUGUCCUUGGCCUCAGUCACAUGAAUGAGAUGACCUCUGUUAUGCAGCCAAACUAUAUCCCAGCCAACAGCAGGAUGGAACUGGACAGAACUGAUCGUAGAGCCAUCCAGAGGAUCUACGGGCAGUGCACCGGGCGGUUCAGUACAGUCUUUGACUGGGUGCACCAGGACCGCAGCUCGCCCGGUACCUGGGUUUUCCAGACUUACUUCUUCCGGAGAAGCUGGUAUUGGAUGUAUGAAAACCGCAGUAACCGCACUCGUUAUCGAGACCCCCGAGUGUUGUCUCAUGGCUGGAGGGGCAUCCCGGACUCGGACAUUGAUGCCUAUGUACAUAUCUGGACACGUGACAUGGACCGCACUCUGUUCUUUAAAGGCACCCAGUACUGGCGCUAUGACAAUGAGAAUGACAGGGCCUUUGUACGGGACCCAGAGGGCUAUGUCUAUCCUCGCCUCAUCUCUGAAGGCUUUCCGGGCAUCAGUGGCCCCAUUGACACUGCCUUCUACGACCGCAAGGAGAGGAAUGUUUACUUCUUCCGAGGGAGGAAUAUCACGGCUUUCAGUGUCGACAACCAUAAGGUGGUCCCCGGGUACCCAAAAGCCAUCAUUGAUGUGUUCCCGGCUUACGCUGAUGGAGAUCAUCCUCAGAGUGAUCUGGAUGCUGUCUACUACUCCUUCACUCAUCAGAGCAUAUACUUCUUUAAGGACAUAUAUGUCUGGAGAAUGGUUGGAGGUCAGCACGACAGUGUCCCCCAUAACGCCCUCCUUCCACGUGUCCCAAUCAGUGAACAGUGGUUCGAUAUCUGUGAUGUUCACCCAUCAAUGCUGAGCAUACCCAGAAGAUGA